AUGACGCCGCCACCAGACAAAUCUGCGGGCAGGGCUAACGGUGUGUUGCCCAUCUCCGUAACUCAGCAACCGGCAGAUAAAAAUGCCAAAGCAUCCCGAGCCAAGCCCAAGGCCGCCGCGGACGGCAUCAAGAUGAGUGUUCGCUACCUGCCUCCCGGCAUGAAAGAGUCUGAAUUCACCGCCAUCCUGGGUGAUCAGUGGAAGGUCGGAAAUGGCAAGGUAGACUGGUUUUUCUAUGAGCCUGGAAAGCAAGCUAGAACCUCUGGAAAGCCAUCCCGUCCCAGCAUUGCCUACCUACACCUUCUGAAGCAGGACAAUGUCCCGCUUUUAGUCGACACCGUACGCAAUGCCACCUGGGAGGAUGCCGGCAAUACUUACAACGACCCGGCUUUGAUCUUCCCGCCCUUUGUGGAGAGAUGCGCUUUCCAAAGGAUCCCACCCGCUAAGGAAAGAGUUGACCCUAGGCAGGGGACUAUCGACUUGGACCCUGAUUUCAUGGCUUUCCUUGAGGAGCUAGCAAAUCCCAAACCUGCUCCGGCGGAGCCGUCCGAACAGGAUGCAAACACGCCAGCCGCGACAACAGUCACACCUCUCAUUGAGUUCCUCAAGGCGAAGAAGGCCAAUAAAGAUAAGGAAUCGUCGUCCUCAAAGGGAGGAAAGCAUUCUCGACAGGACACUAAGACCGCUUCGAAAUCUAAGAGUGAUGAGUCUAAGAAGGGAAAGGAAAAGAGUGAAAAGGGAGAAAAGCCCAAGGAGGAAAUCAAGAUUCUUUUGAAGAAAUCGACUGCCGACUCCGCCAAGGACGCGAAGAGCACCUCUGGGAAGAAGACAUCAGCUUCUGCAACAGCCUCAAGCUCGUCUCAGCCAGCAGCAGCAGCAGCUUCACCUUCCUCUGGGGACGCGGCACCUAAAAGCCGCCGUGCUGGUAUUGCAGCUGCGGCUCGAAUCCUUCAAAGGGACCUAGGAUUGAGCCCAGGAACUGCCCAUAGGCGAGCACGUCUCGAUGCUGCGAAGGCUGAGGCGGAAGCGAAGACCGCUAGUUCCCCCCAACCCGCCACGUCCACUCCCGCUACUGGUUCCAAGAACUCAUCCAAUGCCGCAACGCAACCGGCCACUCCGACCACCCCCGCCGCCAACAGCCAGCCUUCUGCUGGAUCUGGUAGCAAGUCUCAGUCAUCUGGUCGCUCCCGCGGACGGGGAUCGAAGAAUGCGGAUCAGAAAGGCAAAGGCGCAGAGAACACCGCUAACGGCUCGGGCCCAACCGCAGCGAAUCCGCCGAUUCUGCUGAAGAAACGACAAGACCAAACCUCUGCCACCGCACAGCCCUCAUCCUCCGCUGCCCAAACACCUGCGCCCCAGAAGCAGACACCUGGAGAGUCGUCCAAGGCAAAUGCUGAGAAGAACAAGGGCGGCAGUCAGAAGAAGGCCGGUGCCAUUACUCCCGGCGCUACGCGUGGCUUUGUGAAGCACGCGAACCCCUCGCAGGGAGUUACUGAAGCGCUUUUGAAGCAGGCUCUUGGUGCAUUUGGUGCUGUCACGUUCGUGGAAAUUGACAAGCGGAAGGGCUUUGCCUAUGUCGACUUCGCCGAGCACGACGGCCUUGUCAAGGCUAUUGCCGCCAGUCCCGUUUCUGUCGCGCAAGCUACCGUCCAGGUUCUGGAGCGAAAGGAGAAGAAGCCUGCCCAGGCAGCGGCUGCUUCUUCCACCGCAACCGGUUCGGGAACGGCAUCUACAUCGGGCGCGGCAGAGAAGGAGAAGUCCGGACACCGCAGCCGGCGAAGCAGGAGGGGGGGUGGUGGUGGUGGUGGUGGUGGUAGUGGCGGCGGUGAUAAGGCCGCUGCAAAUGCUUCCACCGCUGCCGCAUCAGGCCAGGCGGCCUCGUCCGGAUCGAAAGGUGGCACAGGUUAA